AUGCUGAAGUUUAAAUUUAAAUGUAUAACCGUGAGUAUUAUCUACAUUGCACUGCUUGGAAUAAGCAAUGCAUUAUCACUCGGAGAAUUGAAGCAUCAGAUAGAUGAUGGCAAGGACGGUGUAUCGUUUGGUGGGUUAAAAUCAUGGAUUUCAGAUAAGCUAUCACCACAGCCAUUACAGUAUGAUCCACUAGAAAAAGUGACUGUCCGUCCAUGGUGGGACAUUCUGGGACAGUACUUUCCAUCGCUUGGAGAGUUUUUUACCAAGCAUGACAAUUCAGCUAUUGGCUUCUUGAACAAGGAGGUACGUAGCAUGAUUGAAAGUGGACACUCCGAUCAUUUAAAGUAUUCAAGAAGAUACGAAAUUGACAACUUUCCACCAUUCUCUUUUCUCCUCGACUUUAGAAUGUAUCCAUUGAUCAUCGGCACCUUCAUUAUUGCUACACUUCUUCUUUCUUUAAUAUUUCCACGUCUCAGAGAUACCGCGAAGAGGUGCCUUCCGGUAUUUUUCUCUAUCUUCCUUAUAAAAUACAUAGCUGCAGCAGCCAUACUCUUAGGCGGUGGUGUAGACUACUACCUGAUAUUCUCCAAUAUAUGGUUUGGUAAUCUUGCAGCACAUUUCUAUGUUUCUAUAGCUGACAUCCUACUGUUUUUGGUACUUUUCCUCUAUCUUAAGAGCAUUAAGUGGUACAUUAAGGAUUCUGCUACAAAAGUAAUCGAAAGGUUCGUCAUUGUCUAUUUUAGAAUAUUUUACAUGUUCACCAGGUACAUAUUUUUUGUCACAAUGAUAUAUUUUUUUUCAAGCUUGCUUUCAGGAUGGGUCGUCGUGCCUCUUGUUUCGAACAUCAUACCAUUUAUAUCACUUCUCGGAAACCAUGGCACAGUCAGUGGAACUCUUGCUAGUAUUAUAUUUGACAUUGUAGAGGCUUUCUACGGGCUCUUUGAUUUUAUCCAGCCUUUUGUGAAUCUCAUAGUUACUGGCACGCAUUAUAAAAUUGUACCAGACCUGAUCAAUUAUAUACUUACUGUGAUUCAGUCUACUGGAGACAUCCUGGGCAUUUCAUUCUUUGGAGGUGAAAGCGGAUUAUUUUCGUUCCUCUCUAAUUUCGGUUGGAUUAGUUCCUUGGCAUCGCUCGGCGCAAGUUUAAUUAUAGGAAUGGCGUACAACAUAGGCAGAAGCGUCCUGUUCUCCUUUUUCAGCCAAAAACUUCAAGCAGCGACUGUCAAAGCGGCAAAGUUCGUCAUCAAGAUGAUCAGGUUUAGAGAUUUACCCAACGAAUAUAGAAUCCAUAGAAGUAGAAAAUCUAGUGAUGUAAAGAACACAAACAAUAAUAAUAAAGAAGUUUAA